AAACGUUAGGAAGUGCAUUGGCACAGUUGCAGCCUUACCGCACCAUAAAAUUCCCCGUCUCCCUUAUCCUGCGCAUACCACCGCUGCCACUGGAACCGCAAUGGCGGCUGAACCCGAGACACACUUACCGCCGCCGGAACCUCCAAUCACCUCCAUACCGGACACCGCGGCCGAAACGGCGGUGGAGGCCCCGGCAACAUCGGCACGACCGAACGCCGAGAUCGCCGUCCCUCCUCCCAAACGGCAACGCCGUCCGAGCGUCCGUUUGGGGGAGAUCGGAGAUCAACGCGCCACCUCACACGGCCACGACUCCCACACGCGCCGCCAUAGCAUGCCGCCAUGGAGCUGGCGAGUCCCGAAGGAAUCUUCUCGAACCUCCAAGGCUCGGUCCCUAACGAACCUCGCGAACGGCGGCGAGGAAUUCGGGAACAACAACAACCGAAGAGGCAAGGCGAAGCGAGGCUCAACAACGAAGCGGUUGAGGUCGAAUUGGGCUCCAAGAACAAUCGAUGAGAACGGAGACGAAGGGUUUAGGGAUUUAGAUCACGAUCACGAUCAGAGCCCGGUGCACUCGGUUGAAGAGAACGGGGUCGAUUAUUGGCACAUGGAUCGGCAUGAUGAUAAUAGGGUUAGGGUUUCGGAAAACGACGGCGUUGAAUCGGAAUCGAGGGAACGGAGAAAGAACGAGGGAGUGAGAUCUUGGUUGGUUGAGUUGGGGCUGAGUAGGUAUGCACCGAUGUUUGAGAUUCAUGAGGUGGAUGAUGAGUUGCUUCCAAUGUUGACCUUGGAGGAUCUCAAGGAUAUGGGUAUCAAUGCUGUUGGUUCCAGAAGGAAAAUGUACACUGCAAUUCAGAAGCUUCGGAAAGGGUUUCCAUGAAACAUGUAAUGUAUGUAUGUAUGUAUGUGUAAUUUUCUUGAAGUUUCUUUCUUCUGGCUUGAACCUUGAAAUUGUGGAUAGAAAAUGCAUGCAUGUAUAACAGCUUUUUUGUUUGUC